UUUUUUAAUUGGCCGGGGCUUUCUUUAGUGCGUGUGUCCCCUCAGGGCCACCGUAUUUUGCCUUUAUGGUCAUAGCAAACUGCGGUUUUAGCUUAAUGUUCUUUUUUCUUUUCUUUUUUUCUUUCCUAUGUUGAACAGACUUGUGCCGUCUCCGUCUGACUGUAGGCCACCAACAGCUGCGGUAUCAUAUUACAUAUUACACUGUGUAGAUAUAUAACACUGGACAUCAGCAGGUGUCAUAAAUACUGCAGCGCAAAGAAGACAGCUUUACGUGGACCAAUGAGCAUUAAGCGCAAAGUGGCAGAAGCUUUCGGAUGUGUGCGGGAACUGUCAGAGUGACUGCGUGGGUUAAAGGGGGUAAAGAUAGCGAAAGCAACGCGCAUCGCUUCUGUUUCGCUGUGACCCUUUAAACACCAGAACAGUCACCAUGACGCUGAUAUCCUCACAUGCUGGAGGAGCCUCAUUCAUCAUCGUGUUCCUCGUAGUGCUGCAUUGCUGUCACAUAGCUAGCAUCCUUGGCCAAAAGUCUGGAGGUGCUUUAAUUGUGGUGGAGAACACAGAACAUGAGGGCAAAGGAGGUGAUGAAGAGGAGGAGGUGACAGUCGGUGAUAGUGAUGAUGAUGACGAAGGGGAUUUAGAGGUGGUCCAACCUACUGAGCAGUGGCAGACACUUAAACCAGGUCAGGCAGUGCCACCAGGUUCCCAUGUGAGGCUCAAUCUGCAGACGGGUGAGAGGGAGGUCAGACUGGGAGAAGAGCAGCUCAAAUAUUGGACACAGGAGCACAGGGAGAGAGAGGAGAUCCAGUCUGCCAUAAAUCCUGAUGAGCUGAAACGAGCCAUGAAGAAGAUAAAGGAGGACUUGAAGCUUGCAAGCAAAGACACAGACCAGAAGGACUCUGUGGCUUCUCAGUUUCGUACAGUGGAGGAGUUAAAGAAGGACAUGGCUCAGCUGGACCUGCUGAUGGAGACGGAUGUUCAGAUAAUGAGGCGCCUGCUGGACCAGUUCAACAGCAGCAACUCCACUACUGAACAGAGACUGAGCAUCCUGAUGGAGCUGGAAUACCUGGUGCACCAGGUGGAUAAUGCUCAGACCCUGUGCUCCAUGGGGGGGCUCAAAUUCAUCCUAGAAGGUCUGAACAGCUCUGACUUCAGAUUACAGGAAGGCUCCGCCUUUGUCCUGGGCUCUGCUUUGGCCAGCAAUCCUGCAGUUCAGGUGGAAGCUGUGGAGAAUGGCGCUUUGCAGACUCUGUUAACCACACUGGCCACUGCUCAGCAGCUCAGAGUCAAAAAGAAGGUUCUGUUUGCAGUGGCUUCCCUCUUACGUCACUUCCCCUAUGCACAGCAUCACUUUCUGACCCAUGGUGGGCUGCAGGUCCUGUCAGAGCUGUUCAGGGCCGAUGAUGGUGGAAUUCUGCGUACACGCAUCGUCGCCAUGUUGUACGACAUAAUUACUGAGAAGGAGCUGAUCUCCCAGGCAGGUCUGGACCCAGGACUGGCCGCCUCCUCCCAUGAUGAGCGGCGGCGUCAGUACUCCAAGGUGUCCCUGAAGGAAGAGCUGUUGGAGAAGGGGUGGUGCACUCUGGUCCCACGGCUCCUGGAGGCUGCUGAGCAUGACUACAGAGAGAAGGCUCUCCGGGCUUUGCUGGCGAUGGCUCCUGUGUGUUUGGAUCAUUACCGUUCAGACAGCUCUCUGCAGGCUUCUCUGCACUCUCUGAAGCAGCAGUAUCAGGAAAUGAGCCAGUCAGAAAUGAUUCUUGGAGAAGAGAACAGCUACUUUGCAGAGAUUGUAGAGCUCAUAGAUGCACUGCAAGUCAAAAUGAAAUGACCAGAGGGUAAUACUUUAUGAACACGGCACACAAAGAAGAGCUGACACACUUAGUCUGUCGGGGUGAAACAAUCAAUUGCAGAUAGACCGAGAGCACCGCAAGGAAAUAAAGGACAAAAAGCACACCUUUGUGGACGUACUCAUUGAACUGACCCUGAAUGAGAUGGAUCUGUGGUUAGUCAGUGUGAACUCAACCAACUAAUACUUCAUGGGUGUUUUCCACAGUUCUGAAGGGGUUUGUAUGGAGCCUCUGAGAGGUCGCAAUCAGACUGUUGCUGUGAACCAUUUUACCUUAAAAUAACUUUGCAUUUUUCCUGAUCACUAUGGACACUUGGUGUUGGUCUCGUCCAGUUCCAGAUGCUUUAGGUGAUGUGCACAAGUUUAUUUACUCCUCAGCACCUAUUUUAAACAAAAUAUAGGUUGUAGAGCAGUGAGUGCAACGCUGAGACAGCACAGCCACCACUGCACACAUACGACUGAUCCCUGUGAACAGUGAUUCCUACGCUGUAUGUAGUCUCUUCUGGCUGCCAUUACAAAUGAAUGUAACCGAUUUCACAGUCACGGUGGCACAGUGAUAGCCUAUGGUGUCGUCCCCAAGCUACAAUUUAGACGGCAGCUGGGGCAUCAAGUUCACCAUACCCAGGAUAUCCUUUCCUGAACUGGCUUCACUUAACCUAACAUUAGCCGUGAGGUUAAGUGCUCACAAUGAAAGUGGAUAUUAAGCCAGGAUUUCCCAAUCUAGCUGUAAGUGUGAUUUUUAUGAAGACCACAGAGCUGUAACAUCAGCUCUGUUGUGCAGCUGAAGCAACACAACAGUUGUAUCCACAGCAGCAGUGUGUGAGUGAGGGAUGGAGUGAUGUACAUGUUUGAAUGUGUUUAAGCACUUUGGUGAGUCAGACUGAAUAAAGUCUAACUGAAGCCAGGACAGAUGGACUGUAAGGU